AUGAAUUGCAUCGAAGGCGAUGUAACAGGAGCAGGUGCCCAAAUUCAGCCAGUGGAGUUGAAUUGCCUUCUCAAAGAGGACGACUCCACCAAUCAAAACAUCAGCCUACUACGCGGAAAAAUCAUCUACCAGCACGAGGGCCGACCAGUACUGCCCCCAGAGAGCGCUGAUGAGGUGUCGCAUUCGAAUGAGGGACCCUUUUUGGCGGUUAUUGCCAUUGGAAGCCUGUUUCUUCUCCUCACUAUCACCACACUCGCCGUCAGUCUUGCCUUUUUGCGUCAACACGCUCGCAAUGAGCGUCGCCUUCGGUGCAGUGGCAAUGCUCGUGGCGGAGGCGUCGGAGGCAACGGUGAAACCAAUGAGGUUGAUGUUUUUAUCAAUCCCAGAAGUGAAUGGCGCUGCAGUCUGGAAUCGGACAGUUUUGAGGACAUCUCAGACAUUUCUAUGGAGGUGGAGGUGGAGGAGGAGGAGGAGGGGCAGGAGGCUCAGGAAGAAGGAGGAGCAGGCAGGGAGGUGGGAGAACCCACAUUUGCGUGGGUCUACGCAAAUCCUCGCCUAUGUCCAAGGCAUUCACGAGCUGCUGUGAUCCAGGGCUCGAGGCUCAAGACGUCUUCAAUUGUGCACGAUGUUUAG